AUGAUCAAAGCAAUUCUGGUAUUUAACAAUCAUGGCAAACCACGUCUGCUAAAAUUCUACGUUCACUAUCCAGAAGAAGAGCAGCAGCAUAUUGUACGUGAAACAUUCCAGUUGGUUUCAAAACGUGAUGAUAAUGUUUGUAAUUUCUUGGAAGGGGGCUCGCUGAUUGGUGGAUCAGAUUACAAGUUAAUAUAUCGACAUUAUGCAACAUUAUACUUUGUUUUUUGCGUAGAUUCAUCAGAAAGUGAACUUGGCAUUCUUGAUCUUAUCCAGGUAUUUGUCGAAACAUUGGAUCGGUGUUUCGAAAAUGUCUGCGAACUGGAUUUAAUUUUUCACAUUGACAAAGUACAUCACAUACUUAAUGAAUUGGUUAUGGGAGGAAUGGUGUUAGAAACGAAUAUGAACGAAAUUCUCUUAAGAAUACAGGAGCAAGAAAAAUUGGAGAAGCAAGAGGCUGGAUUAUCGGCAGCUCCAGCUCGUGCUGUUAGUGCAGUAAAAAAUAUAAAUAUAUCUCAACAUAUCAAGGAUUUUAAGUUCGCUGAUAUCAAUUUAUCAAACAUAAAAAAUCCAUUUUAG